AUGUUCAACCAGCACAUUAAUAUGCAGCCUCUGCAUGAUGUUACCGACAAAGAGGGACAAGAAGCAGCAUUUGCCAGUGGUGUCAACACCCUCUUUGAUGCAGGAACACCCUGCAAAGCGUUGCAGACUCGUAAUCUGCGCAAUGGAAUGUUAUCCUUUCAUCCAGGCCAAGCGUUGGAACUGGGUGAUAAGCAAAAUUUUGGCCCCAGUCAUAGCUAUUCAGAAUUCGGAGACCCGGGCCCUGAUUUGGAAGUUAUGUUUCAUGGCAACAAGGAUGCUAGUCUAUUCACAUCUUCAUCAUCUUCACCUCUCCACCAUAUAUACAACAAGAACAGCCCCUCGUCUUCAAGUGAACCUCGCCAUCACGAAUUAAAUAACCCUAGAGCAUCGAUUCGCAAACAUCGCGCACACUUGGACUUGAUGCACUCCCCAGGGAACGCAAGCCUUGACAUGGCCUACCAGAGCUCGUGGGCGAACCGCUUUCAGGCCUUCAACAUCCAAGCUCACGAUUACCAAAUCGCUCUCCCUCCAACAUCACCGCUGAAGCCAGAGCCAUCUGAAAACAUAGCACGUUUAACUGAGGGAGAGAGCAGCUUGCAAAACAAUCACCACGACGCAGAAUCUACCUACUCGCAGUCUCCCAUGGUUAACCACUCCCGACAUACGCCAAUUUCGGGUCCUUGUACAGAUCAAGGGAUGAGGCAUAUUUACGUCGACCAACAGAGACCUGCAACGUCAGCCAGUCCGAUUUCUCCGCCCAGCCAUCAUAUUAUCCGUUCCCAGCACUCGGAGCCGUCGUCUAUGUCUUCGUGGAAUAGUGAAUCUAUUGAUGCACCCUCCUUCCAUUACUCAACAGACCUUCAAACACCCGAUGGCCAAACUUGGUGGCAAGCACCAGAAGCCACAAACAGGGACUUACAUUCUUACUCUCAGAGUCCUUACCAACCCAUGGUCGUAGCACCAACCGCCCAAAAACCACCAACUCAUCAGGCACGAGUAUUGCAAGGUACCAGCAUGAUGCACAUGGGGCAGUCUACAGAUAUUGGAUCAGCAAGGGAACCUCCGUUUCCCCCAUCUGCUGUAUCUUGUCCGGAAGAUAUGGCUUGUGCACCUUUUACACCACUUGCGCCAGCACAUGAUGCCAUCUCGCGAAAUUCCCCAUUGGAAACCUCGAACCAACGUCAAUACGCACCACCGUCUCACAGCCAUCCCGUGUCCCUAGCCAGCAUCAAAUCUCCAGGCCUACCCUUACGAUCAACAUCCGCCAACCCAACCCACGGGUUGCUAAAGGCAAAGCCAGAAAUACGUCCGCACGACAAACACCAACACCAACGCAAAAGUCAUAUCCGCAAAACCUCCGGCAUCUCUACACAUUCGCAAAGGAGUAUUAAAGGGACUCCUAUAACUCCAAACAGUAAUACAAACCCAAUCAUCAAACGUCCAUUGAGUGUCUCCUUCGUCAACUUUACCCCUGAGGAUAGCCAAAAACUCUUGACCGGCGUGGCACCAAGCGGAAGCUCAAAGACUAAAGCCAGGAGAGAGCAGGAAGCACGCGAAAAACGACGGAAACUCAGUGAGGCAGCUUUGCUUGCGGUUAAGAGAGCUGGUGGUGAUGUUGAAGCGUUCGAGGCAGUUUUCUGCUGAAAAUUGCCAGGAAAGCAAAUGGUACUGCCCAGCCGCUACACUCACCAACCUUUAACGUAUAAGUAUAAUGAUUAUGUGCACAUGAAGACUAAGAUGGAGACGAAAUAGUUUAUAUCAUAGAAGGGUGAAAAUAUUUGUUUGUAUUAUUUUGCUAUAACUUUACCUUUAGUUGUGAUCCAUUACUUGUCAAUUGUAGUUUCUGCUCAUCUGGUUGGUUGCCAUUUUGUUGUUUGUUGGGCAAGUACAGCAGUGCAUUUGAUGCUGCUGAUACCAGGUCCCCACGGCGUUUUAUAAUAUCCCUUACUCGC